AUGGCAUACUCAGCUGAAAAGUAUCAAGCUAACAAGGAGGCGAUCGCUGCGGCGAAGCGACGCUACUACCAGAAGAAUCGUGAAAAAAUUCUCGCACGCCAGAAGACGUACGAUGAUCAGCAUCGCGACGAGAUCAAAGAUCGUCAAAAGAAA